GCGGUUGAGUGUUCGGGGUGAGGCAAAAAUAGUGAUUGAUAAUGUAUGAGCCAGAGAGGAAAGGAGGCAGUGAGGGGGUUUGAGAAAGCACAAGGGGGAGAAAGAGAGAGAGAGAGAAGGACAGAGAAAGAGAAUGGGAGCUGAUGAUUGAUUGACGUUUUGUUGGAGACAAGCUAAAAGCCAGGAGAUGCAUGACAUCAAAAAACUGGAAGCAGAGGGGGCAGUGAUGGAUUGAGGAAUAUUACUUUGAAAGGAUAUGAGACAGAGAGAUGGAGGUUGGGGAGAAGUGUGUGCAUAUAUAGGGACAGUGGAUAGGGCUAGUUUUUAUUCACUUAUGAUUGAUUAUACUGUGGUUUAACAGGCGGCCAGGUUUGAGGCUGGAAUAUCCUACGUUUAUUCAACAUAUCUGCAGCUCCUUAUUAUUCCCCUCAGCUGCAGAGAAAGAUCAGGUGUUUGUAUCUGCAUGAAACUUUUAUUUCGUUAUAUUUCAGUCAAUAACUGACUGACUCAUGAUGCAUACACCUACACACCCUGACAAGAUGGCGGCGCCGUGUGGAGUCCAGCUACUCUAACAGACGACUCUAACGGAUUGACCCCAGAUACCCAGAGCAUCUACCUGGCUACAACGGUUACAACGAUCGACCAAUACACAGCAGAUCAAAUAAAAUACCCCCGGUCACAUCGAUCACGGCUGGAACGCCGAAAGAGAGACUUACCUGAGAUUUCCACCAUCAGCGGGCCCUCUUCCGGGGCCCUCGCCGGUAAGUCUCCUACCGUGUUGUCUGAUCUGCUUCCUCACCGCUGCGGGCUCCAGGACGGAGCCCUGGCGUGUAAGUGUCCUUCUCGGCACAGUCCAAUCCCCGAUCCAGACUGUCCUCUAUUAGAUCCUGCCUGGUGUCGUUGGCUGUCUGCUGGUUGUUGUUUUUAUCCAUUUCAGCCAUGGCUCCACACUCCUCUCCACCCGGCUGUGCCAGCUGCGCCUGUCUGGCGGAAAAGAUCCAGGAGCUGGAACAUAGGAUCUCCACACUCUACCAGAUCCAGGAAGCCGAGAAACUCAUGGACACCAUCGUCUUCAGAACAUCACAUCCCGACUCCACCGGCUCGUCGGAUCCGGACCCCGCCGCUCCCAACACCUCUCCCCCGGCUGCUGCGACCACCUCUCCUCCGCCUGCUCAUCCAUCCUUCUUCCCCGAGGUCUCCUCGACAAGGCUGGGAGCAAAACCCAAGGCUAAUCCAGAGCCUCCAGCUAGCUCCACUCCAUCCCUGCAGGAGCGCUGGUCCCACAUCACCGCCCGCACCAGGAAAUCAAAGCUCCGUCCUCAGGCUCCCCUCUUCCAACUCCACCUGGAGAACAGGUUUGACACCCUGGACCUCCAUGACUCCCCCCCGCUGCCCGCGGGAUCCCAGCCGAUGUCCACCCGGCUAUCUCAUGGGUCCUCCGGUCCUCCGCCUCCCGUGCCCGACCAUCCGCACGCCGGGUCCCUCCGGCGGCGCUCGAUGCCGUGCUUCACACCGGCACCACGGCUGGCCCGUGUCCCUUCCCUCUCGCCUCAGUUGUCCUCCCCGGCGAGUUCCCCCCCUCCCCAUUCCUCUCUGGUCACGCAGUCUCCACGUCCACUUUUCCCUCCAACGACUUUAAUUGUGGGCGACUCCAUCGUGAGAAACAUCCGCUUUUUUAACGCUCUCACGCGGUGUUUCCCCGGUGCAAGGGUCCUUGACAUUUUAACACUCCUCCCCACUCUGUUAAAAUCUCUGCCAACUUCCAUCCAGAGAAUUAUAAUUCAUGUUGGCACCAAUGACACGUCCCUCCACCAGACCGAGCUCACGAAGGACCAUUUUACCCAACUUUUUAACUUUCUGAAGAACUGUGAACUGUCUGUUUUUAUCAGCGGCCCCAUUCCCACUUCUGGUCGUGGGUGCGGGAGCUUCAGCAGAGUGCUCAGCCUGCACACCUGGCUCCAAUCUGCCUCCCAAGCCCAUAGCUUUGCCUUCGUGGACAAUUUUAAUCUUUUUUGGAACCGUUCGUCCCUUUUUAAACUGGAUGGUAUCCACCCGAACACCACAGGUAGCCGCAUGUUCGCGGCUAACCUGCAGCACACUGUUCACUGUUUCCCACGUGAUUGACUAUUUACUUCCCCCCCACACACACACCCCUCUCCCUCUGUUGUGCACCCACUGCUGACAGGUCCUCCCCAGAGCUCCCCCUGCUGGCAAAUUCUGUCACCGACUCCCUCUGCCACAGGUUUUCAUGACAUUUUUUCCCCACUCCCUAAUAAUUACAGUAGUAUCCAACUUCUCACUAUUCCUGUCCAUAUCACCAACAGACACCACUCUAAUAGAUACACCACCCGGACUGUCAAUCACUCUGUUUUAACAAGCCCAUCCAUACUGGCUCCCAUCCUCACCAAACAUGACAAUACCUCUGUGAGCUUCGGACUUCUCAACAUCCGCUCACUCACCAACAAGGGACACAUCAUCCAUGAUCUCCUCACUGACCGCAAGCUGGACUUCCUCUGCAUCACUGAAACAUGGCAACAACCAAAUGACUUCUCAUCACUCAACGACUCCACCCCCCCGGACUACACCUACCUCUCCCACCCCCGCAGCCACGGCCGUGGUGGAGGUAUUGCCGUCAUCCACCACAAAAAGUGGAAAGUUCUACCGCUGUCCUUGCCUCUUUUCUCCUCACACGAACUUCUGGCAAUUACACUCCCUGGUCCCACUCCCACCAUCAUCGCCACCAUCUACCGCCCCCCCAAGCCUCACUCUGACUUCUUAAAUGACUUUUCGGUUCUACUCACCCAUCUAUGCACACUCUCACCAAACAUAAUAAUACUGGGGGACUUCAAUAUCCAUAUUGACAACACCAACCUCCCCCUCACCAGUGACUUCUCAUCCUGCCUGGACAGUUUUGGACUCCAUCAAUUCAUCAACCUCCCGACACACACUAAAGGACACACUCUGGAUUUACUCUGCUGCUCUGGCCUCAUCCCAUCCAACUGCACAGCUGAUGAUCUCCACGUAAGUGACCACCUCCUCAUCUCCUUCAGUAUUCCGCUCUCCCUCUCUAGAGUUUAUUCACCACGCCUCAUUACAUUCCGCAACCUUAAGAACAUAAACAUUGACACUCUGUGCUCUAAGAUUAUGAAUAUUGUGAUCCCGGACUGUUACACUACCCCUGAUGACAUAACAUCUCAUUACAACACCUGUUUAAAUAGCAUCCUCAAUUCCCUCGCUCCACUCAAAACACGCUCUGUUUCCUUCUCCACAACUGCACCCUGGUACACCCCCCACCUCCGCUCCAUGAAAACCAAAGGCCGCCAACUGGAAAGACUUUACAAGAAAACUGGACUCUCCAUUCACAAAGAAAUGUACAUUAACCACACACGCAAAAACAGACCACUACUCCGUCCAGAUCAUCUCCAACAAAGGAAACACCAGAUCACUAUUCACUCUCCUCAACAAAUCUCUCCAGCCACCGGACUCCCUCCCUCCCCACCUGUAUUCUACCGACACCUGCAACACCCUAAUGCAGUUUUUUAAUGACAAAAUCUCCAACAUCCAUAAACAACUACACUCAGGUUCUCUUCCCCCUGGACCCCCUCUAAACUCACCUACUCCCCUGCCACACCACCAGCCCUUCUCCAGUUUUCUUCUCCCCAAUGACUCUGAAAUCUAUGAUCUCAUCCAGAAAUCCAAACCCUCAACCUGUCAGCUGGAUCCCCUUCCCACCACACUGCUCAAAUCAUGCCUCCCAUCUGUGCUCCCUCUCAUAUCUGCCAUCAUUCACUCCUCACUCACCACUGGAACUGUUCCCGCAUCCCUCAAGACAGCAGCCAUCACCCCUAUCCUUAAAAAACCUGGCUCUGACCCCAAUAACUUCAACAACCUCCGCCCCAUCUCAAAUCUACCGUUUAUAGCCAAAAUAAUGGAAAAGGUCGUCGCCAGCCAACUUCACACCCACCUAACCCAGAACUCCCUCUAUGACCCCUUCCAAUCUGGUUUCCGCCCCCGCCACAGCACCGAAACCGCACUGCUAAAAUUACUAACGACCUUCUCACUGCAUCUGACUCUGGUUCACUUUCCAUCCUCAUCCUCCUCGACUUUAGUGCAGCCUUCGACACUAUCUCCCAUCCCAUCCUCCUUCAUAGACUCUCCUCCAUCGGCAUCACCCACACUCCCCUCCGCUGGUUCCACUCUUACCUCUCAGACCGCACACAGUUCAUCCAGCUCAAAUCAUUCAAGUCCGACCCCUCCCCAGUCAGUUCAGGUGUGCCCCAGGGCUCUGUCCUGGGGCCCCUGCUGUUCAUCAUCUACCUCCUCCCCCUUGGUUCCAUCUUCCAUAAAUUCAACAUUCAAUACCACUGCUAUGCUGACGACACCCAGCUCUAUCUCUCCAGCUCACCAACCUCCACCCUCCCACCCAUCUCCCUCAUCACCUGCCUAUCUGAAAUUAAAUCCUGGUUCACCUCCAACUUUCUCCAAUUAAACAGUCAGAAAACAGAAAUUCUUCUUGUAGGUUCCAAAUCCACCCUAUCCAAAGUUGACAGUCUCUCCCUUCCCAUCGACAGUUCCUCAGUUUCCCCCUCCCCUCAGGUCAAGAGUCUUGGUGUCGUCCUUGACAGUUCUCUUUCUUUUAAAUCCCACAUCAGCCUUACCACUCGCACUGCCUAUUUCCACCUCCGCCACAUCAAUCGUCUCCGCCCCUCCCUCUCCCCCAACACCACCUCCAUCCUCGUCCACAGUCUCGUCAUCUCCCGUCUGGAUUACUGCAACUCCCUCCUCUUCAGUCUCCCUUACACGUCUCUCCAUAAACUUCAACUGGUCCACAACUCCGCUGCCCGUAUCAUCACCAAAACCCCUCCGUCCCACCACAUCACCCCCAUCCUUCAGCAGCUUCACUGGCUCCCGGUCCCUCUACGAAUCCAGUUCAAAAUCCUCCUGUAUACCUUCAAAGCCAUCCACAACCUCGCCCCUCCUUACCUAUCUGACCUCCUCCACAUCGCCACUCCAGCACGCCACCUCCGUUCCUCUUCCUCUCUCCACCUCUCUGUGCCCCCUGUUCACCUCAGCACUAUGGGGGGCAGAGCUUUCAGUCGCUCUGCCCCCCGACUCUGGAACUCUUUACCAUCAUACAUCCGCAACAUAGACUCCCUCCCCCUCUUCAAGUCCAAACUCAAAACACAUCUGUUUAAACUGGCCUAUCCCUCCCACCACCCCUAACCCACUUUUUUAAAUUAAAUUUCAAUUGGUAUUAUUAAUUUCUUUAUUUAUUCUUUUGCUGUUGUUCAUGUUUAAUGUUGCUUUGUUGAUUUUUAACUGUUUGAUGAUUAAUGAUUUUAAUUGUUAAUAGUGUUUUAUUAUUGUUUUUAUAUGUUCUGUAAAGUGUCCUUGUGUGACGUGAAAGGCGCUUCAAAUAAAAUGUAUUAUUAUUAUUAUUAUUAAUAACUGUCAGUCGAAAAGGGAACAUAGUCACUGUGAUGUUGUCCAUGCGUUUGUCAGCUGCUGGGGGGUUAGGGUCAUUUUUCAUAUACAAACUGUUGAUAAAAAAGAAAUGAUCAUCCACUGAAUCUCAAAUGCUCCUAAUGGUUUCGUUAUGAUUGUUCUCCCUCUGUCAGCUUGGAAAAUAGCCCUAAAGUCUUCAUACCUACUCCUGUCUCUUUGGAUUUUUUGGAUUUGCAGAAAUCCAGGUGUCAUAUCCACUUUUAUUACUUACUUUUGAGGACUUCAACCAUCAAAAUAGAAACACCACAAAGGCAUAAGGCAUAAAUGUGUGCGUCACAUUUCAUCAUAUGAGUAUUAGGGCCACAUAAAGAAAAAAAAAAAUUAAGACUUUGAGAAUAAAGUCAAUACUAAAGAGAAUAAAGUCAUAGCAAAAUCAUCACAUACGAGAAUAAGGUCGAAGUAAAAUCAUUACUUAUGUAGCAUCAAGACAACCUUGUGGGUGAAACCUACACAUUCCUCACAGGAACGGUCCCUUACCUGGUCCCAGGACACAGGACAAUAUAAAUCUUUCCAGACUUGUUUGCACUUUCAGGUUACCUAACUGACCCGACUGGAGGUUGACUGAAACCUCUGGCUCUUCAGGAUUGGUCAAUUCAGAGAACAGAGACAGAGUUUUUAUUACCUUUCAAACUGACUCCAUCGCUGACCAUCUAAAUAAACAUUCAUGCCUCAAUCCAGGUCUCCCAUUUGAGAUUUACCGUCUUAAAGUGUGUGAACGCACAGAUCCCAAGGAAAAGUCUGAGGAGCAGGACACUGACCUCCAUAAAACCCUGCUCAACCAUGUUCUGAUAAAAACUGCAUUCCUUUGGAGGAAGAAUACAAAUGACUGAUCAUGCAUUCAGCAAUGUACUAAUCUGUCUAAUCAUGAAAUUUAUGUUAAAAUGAGAUGAUUCCCAUUUUUCUAUGUGCUCCAGAAGCCAAGUUAUCACUCUGACAGAAUAAAUCCUUUAUUCUUUAGUUUCUUUAGACCAACAGAUUUUCAGACUGUUUCAUGAACUUUUAAGAGUUAAAUUUAUUGACUAUAAAUCAUUACUUAACUCUAACAUAAAUAGUUUAAAAAUAUUUGGUUUAUAUUUUUAAUCAUUUAUUUAGUAUUUUUAAACAUUAGUUGGUUAUAAUGUCAUUGAAUAAUCUGAAUGUGAGUAUUUAGAAUCUAUUAUUAAUCAGGCCCGGUUCUAGGUUUACCCACCAGAGUGGGCACUAAGAAAUCUUGGAGGGGCCCCAAUGCUGGCUUUUGGUUACCCUCUGCAUUUCCCCGGGCUUGGGACCGGCACAAGUAGGACACUGGCUUGUGUCUCAUUGAGGCUGCAUUGUUUAUUUAUUUAUUUAUUUUUUAUAGUUUUUUUUUUGUUUGCAUUCAUUUAUCUACCAUAUCUCUCCAUCAUCGUAUCUGUCUGUCUGUCUGUCUAUCUAUCAUCACAUCUAUCUGUCUGUCUGCCUAUCUGUCAUCAUAUCUAUCUGUCAUAUUCCUCUGUCUGUCUGUCUGUCUAUCUAUCAUCACAUCUAUCUGUCUGUCUGCCUAUCUGUCUUCAUAUCUAUCUGUCAUAUUCCUCUGUCUGUCUGUCUGUCUGUCUGUCUGUCUGUCAUGUUUAUCCUGUAUCAUGUUUAUCUGUCAAUGACACCAAUUUCUAUCAAUUACACCAUGUUAGCUACCAUCAUAUCUGUCUGUCUGUCAUCAUAUCUAUCAUAUUCAUCUGUCUGUCUGUUACAUUUAACCCCUGUAUCAUAUUUAUCUGUCAAUCACAUCAGUUUGUCAAUCAAUUACACCAUGUUAGCUACAGUAUCAUCUUAUCUGUACGUCUGUCAUUAUAUCUAUCAUAUGCAUCUAUCUGUCUGUCUGUCACUUCAGUUUCACUCCUGUAUCAUGUCAAUCACAUCUGUUGCUGUCUCUAUACACCAUCUGUCAGUCACAUUCUGUCAAUCACUGUCUAUCAAUUACACCUGUAUCAUGUAUCUUCAACUUUAUUUUAUUUAUAUGGCACUUUUCCUACAAGUUGAAACACAAAGUGCCUUACAAAGCAUAAAAACAAAAUGAAACAUUAAAAUCCCCAAGAAAACCCCAAACCUCCCACCCGCACAAUAAUACCCAUACACACACCCGUGAACAUAGACAUACAUUUCCGCACACACAACUUCACAUACAUACGCAUCUACACAGUUAGCAGCUGAUGGUGAGGAGACAUGACUGGGCACUGAGAUCUGAGGUGAGGAAGACGCUACCUUUGGGGGCCACGUCGACCGGGACGCAUCCCGGCCCAUUGCUGCUGCAGGGGGCGCCGUCACAGGGACCACCAGCCCGGGCAGACAGGAGGCUCCGCACCAAGGUGUAGAGCUCUCUGGUUCCACCCGGGCCAGAGCUGUCCCCAGAACGGCGCCCCCACCAACAGACC